AUGAACAAAAAUUCUUCAGUAUGCGCUGACAUGUCAACCAUGGCAGACGAAAACAUUAUUUUAUUCUUGGGUUACCGUUUAUUGAUAAAAAAGAAGAAAAAAAUCAACAGGAAAAUGUGGGUUCAUCCUUUAGUUAGUUCUCGUCCAUCCGAAGGCGCGCUUACUUUAAUUUUUGAAGGCCUUAGAAGUGAUCCUGAUAAGUUUUUUAAUUUUUUUCGUAUGAGCGUUUCUGCAUUUGAUGAGCUACUAUCCACAUACUUGGGAGAAAAACUUUUAAAAAUUGAUACAAAUAUGCGGAAGGCUAUUUCUCCAGCUGAAAAAUUGGCAGUAACAUUAAGAUACCUAGGAACCGGAUGUACAUUCCAAGAUUUACAUUAUUUUUUCAAACUAGGAGCUUCAACGAUAGGAAAUAUUGUUAGAGAAGUUUGUAAUGUAGUAUGGGAAGAACUUGCUCAUAUUCAAAUGCCACCUAUGACAGAGGAUAUAUGGAAAGAUACCGCAGCCAAGUUUGAACAACAUGAUAAUUUCCCCCAUUGUUUAGGAGCGAUAGACGGGAAGCAUAUCCGAUCAUUUGGAAAAGAUUCAGAUUCGACAAUUUUUAAAAAUUCUACGUUUUGGAAUCUGCUACAAAAAAAUGAACUUAAUAUUCCUGAAAGUUGUCCAAUAUUGAAUACUAAUAUCAAUGCAGAUUAUGUUUUUGUAGCAGAUGAGGCAUUUGGUCUUUUCCAACAUGUAUUACGUCCUUAUGGAGAGGAUGUAAACACUACAUCUCACCGUGGCACACGAUCAGCAAAUGAUAUGAGGAAUACAUUUGCUGAUUAUUUUUCUUCAGUUGGAGCUGUACCUUGGCAGCAUGAUAUAUAA